AUGCCGAUUCGACCUCUACCGAUAUAUCGACAAGUCACAUCCGUAAUCACUAGAGCCCGUCAUCUUUCACCCCCAAACUUUAUCCAGCUAUUUGCUCUCAGCUCGAUCUUACCACAACCAAGGAUACCACUAGCCAUAAUGUCGACCGCCGUCCCGUCCUCGCCUGAGCUACCACCGGCCAAGCGCGCUCGCUCACGCUCUCCAGAGCAGAGGUCGGAGUCCGGAAUCAACGGUGCUGCCUCAACAUCAUCGACCUCUGUUGCUGCUGCCUCCGCCCCACUCUCCGCUCAAGACAAGCAGGCUCGCAAAGCUGAAGCCCGUCGAUUGCGUCAAAAGCGCAAGGACUAUGCGAAACAGCUCACAAAGACAGGUCGCGAGCCCAUCGAAUUCGAUAUCGAAGAUCUGCUCGGCGUCCGCAAGGUCACCGACAUCCUCUCGGAAGGUAUCGAGUAUCAGCACAAGUUCGAACGUGGCACCCGCCUCACCUUGCACAUCGAGCGUCUCGAUGCACACGGUGAUGGUCUCGCUGUCGCUCCGGAACGCGACUGGGUCAUCGCUGUACCGCAUACUCUGCCUGGAGAGAAAGUCACCGCCGAGAUCACAGCCAACGAAAGACUUUACUCGAAAGCAAAGGUGGUGGAAGUGCUCGAAGACAGCGCCACGAGGAACAAUGAGCUGGUGCGCUGCAAGUACUUUGGUGACUGCGGCGGUUGUCAGUAUCAGAUGAUCGACUAUGCGCAGCAGCUCGAAAUCAAGCGCGGUGUCGUUGAAAGGGCCUUUGCACGCUUCUCUGGGCUCGACUCGGCCCUGUUACCCAAAGUGCUGCCGACAAUUGCAUCUCCAAGCCAGUACAACUAUCGAACCAAGCUCACACCCCACUUUGAGCUCCCCUACGAGCUGCGACGAGGCAGGAGGUCUGGCAUUCGCAACGAUGCUAAUGGCAACGGCGCACCAGGCGAUGACAAGCCACAGUACUCGGUACCUAUCGGCUUCGACUGCAUCGGAACAAAGAGAGUCAUGGACAUUGAAGAGUGCCCCAUCGCUACAAGGACGAUCAAUAAAGGGCUACCCAGCGCCAAGCAGAAAGUGGUUGACACGAUCGAGUCGUUCAAAAACGGAGCCACCAUCUUGCUUCGCGACUCUUUGCGCACAUACGACAGCUUUGCUGAGGAUCUUCUCGUCACUCAAGCUCCCUCCGCCAACGGUCAAGUGGAAAAGGAUCUCGACACCGAGGUCGUCACCGAUCACAAAGCUACCGUCAAGGAGCGAGUGCUUACCACCAAGUUCGAGUCGCCAGCAGGCACCUUCUUUCAGAACAACCGCAGCAUCCUCCCGAGCUUGCUCGACUACGUACGUGACGCAAUCACCACGUCUUCCACCGCUACCAGCGACGACGCGGCUCAAGACCAAUACCUGGUCGAUGCCUACUGCGGCUCUGGUCUGUUCAGUCUCUGCCUCGCCACUCUCUUCCGCGAAGUGUCCGGAGUCGAGAUCUCAUCUGAAUCCAUCAAGUACGCCACCAAGAAUGCAGAGCUCAACGGCAUCACCAAUGCCAAGUUCCUCGCUGGCAACGCAGAGGACAUCUUCGCCAAGAUCGAGUACCCUGCGGACAAGACCACCGUCAUCAUCGACCCCCCUAGGAGAGGAUGCGACGAGGAGUUCAUUCGACAGCUUGUCAACUUGGGUCCUAAGCACAUCGUUUAUGUGUCGUGCAAUGUGCACACCCAGGCGAGAGAUGUCGGGCAGCUGAUUGACAGGGACGCGAGGUACAAGAUCAAGAGCAUCCGUGGGGCUGAUCUGUUCCCUCAGACGCAUCAUGUCGAAGGCGUGGCUGUUCUCGAGCGCCAAGAGGCGUGA